CUCAGAUUGGCAUCCUUGUCAAGAUACCAUUUUAUAAAUGGCGGAAGGAAACUGAAAUAAAUUCAAUGACAGAAUUUGUAUAGCACCGAGUUUAUAAAACUGAGUUUUGUCCCGUGUAAUUUUUAUAUAGACCACGAGAAUGAAUAUUCUUCCAAAAAAACGAUGGCAUGUGAGGACAAGAGAGAAUAUGGCCAGAGUGCGACGGGAUGAAGAAAGAGUAGCUGCUGAAGAGAAAGAAAAGGAGAGGCGUACACAAUUAGCUGAGGGAGAAGCAAGAAAUGCAGCAUUAAAACAGAAGUCACUAUUACGGAGUGGACAAAUCAUUCCUGUAUGUGAAGAGCCCCAUCGGCAUAUAAACCUAUUUGAAGAUCUAGAGCAAGGGAUAGUUGUGUCAAAUGCAACAAAUGCUGACUAUGAGAAGGAGAAAAAGGAGGAACGGGAGAAGUAUGAGAAGCAAAUAGGAUACUUGACAUACCUUGGGCAAGACACAGUAGAAGCAACUGGAUGUGUGUCAUGGUAUAAUAAGCUUCCUGACAGAGGUUCAUCUGGAAAUGACAGUAAGAAGAAAACACUUCUAGGUGACCCACUGAAUGACAUCAGGCGCUACCUGAAUCUUGAGAGAAGGGGGAGGCAUGAAAACCGAGAAGAGAAGAGAAAAUGUACAGAGAAUGAGAAAAAUGCAGUAAGGAGGGCACAUAAGAAAUCAAAAAAGAAGACAAAGAAACAUGAACGUACAAAGAGAACAAGGAGUGGUUCCAGUUCUAGCUCUGACAGUACUACUUCAGCUAAAUGUACUGAUAGUAAGUCCAUCUCACCAAAGAAUGCCAACAAGCUGGAACAGCUGCGUGCACAACGGCUGAAACGAGAACAAGAAGAACGGAAAAGGUCAGAAGCUCUUUUGGCUAGACUGCGUGGAGAACCUGAGUUAGACACAACAAAGUCUGAUGAUGUACCUGCUAUAACCCAGCUUUAUCACUCUCAGUUCAACCCUCAUCUCGCACGGCAGAACAAACUGUGAAUCACGCACUUAUUUCAGUCCAUUUACUGGUCAGUUAUUUGUAAUAAAUAAAGUAAAAUGUACAUUAACAUCUACUAUCUCCAUUGAAGAUAUUUCCAUACCACUUGUUGUAUUGACGGUUAUAAUACAAAUAAAAAUCAAAUAUUA